CAUUUUCUCCCGUACUAAAACUAAACCCCACACAGAGAGAAGAAAAUGGCAAUCUCUUCACUUUCCCUCUUCUUCUUCCUCACCUGUCUCCUAAUCCCAACCCUAAUUUCCUGCAACUCCCCUGUUCAGGACCCAGAACUCGUAGUACAACAAGUACACAGGAGCAUCAACGAGUCGAGGAGGAACUUGGGUUACCUCUCUUGCGGGACCGGAAACCCAAUCGACGAUUGCUGGCGGUGCGACGCGAACUGGGAGAAGAACCGUCAGCGGCUAGCUGAUUGCGCCAUUGGGUUCGGGAAAAACGCCAUUGGUGGACGAGAUGGGAAGAUCUACGUGGUGACAGAUCCCGGUGAUGAUGACGUGGUGAACCCAAAACCAGGAACUCUUAGGUACGCUGUGAUCCAAGACGAGCCUCUCUGGAUCAUUUUUCAAAGAGACAUGACGAUCAAUCUUAAGGAAGAGUUGAUCAUGAACUCGUUUAAGACAAUUGACGGUCGAGGUGUUAGUGUUCAUAUCGCCGGUGGUCCAUGCAUUACUAUACAAUAUGUUACUAAUAUAAUUAUACAUGGACUCAACAUUCAUGAUUGUAAGCAAGGAGGGAAUACUUACGUGAGGGACAGCCCACAUCAUUAUGGGUGGAGAACGAUAUCGGACGGUGAUGGUGUUUCCAUCUUUGGUGGUAGUCACAUCUGGGUUGACCAUAACUCUUUGUCAAACUGCCAUGAUGGGCUGAUAGAUGCCAUCCACGGCUCUAAUUUCAUCACCAUAUCCAACAACUAUAUGACCCACCAUGACAAAGUGAUGUUGCUAGGACACAGUGACUCUUACACGCAGGACAAGAACAUGCAGGUCACUAUAGCCUUCAAUCACUUCGGAGAAGGUCUUGUCCAAAGAAUGCCAAGGUGUAGACAUGGGUAUUUCCACGUGGUGAACAAUGACUACACGCAUUGGGAAAUGUACGCCAUUGGAGGCAGUGCGAACCCAACCAUUAACAGUCAAGGCAACAGGUUUCUUGCACCAAAUGACAGAUUCAGCAAAGAGGUGACGAAGCAUGAAGAUGCUCCAGAGAGCGAAUGGAAGAACUGGAACUGGAGAUCGGAGGGAGAUUUGAUGAUGAACGGUGCGUUUUUCACUCCGUCAGGUGCAGGGGCUUCGUCGAGCUAUGCCAAGGCAUCGAGCCUGGGUGCGAGACCAUCGUCUCUGGUUGGUGCGAUAACCACGAGCGCAGGUGCACUCAGUUGCAAAAAGGGUUCGCGUUGCUGAUUGUGACCCAUUUGGAGAAAAAUGCAGAAAAGAAAAGAGAGAAAUUAAUUUAAUUUGUUGCAAGUGAUUUGAAUUGCAGUUAGUUAGAGAAAAAGAGGAGAGACAGUUUGGGGAAGAUGAAAGAAAAAGACCAAGAAAAAGAAAAAGAGAAAGUCUUAUCAUAUAUGCUUUGGCUUUUUCUUCUUGGUAAUUUCCCUCUUGUUUUCUCCUCUCGUAAACUUUCAACAUUUACAACCUCGGCCUGUUACUCUCAGAACCAUGUCGGAAAUUCCUCUUCUUCAUGGUCUUAGAGGAAGCAAGUGCAGAUGUGUUGCUAUAUAUAUAUAUAUACACUCUAUUUAUUAUAUGAAAAUGAAUGAAGUAUCUUACUCUCUGUGUUAA